GAACGUGUUCGCACGUGCCGCACGGAUCUCGCAGCAGCUAAAGCCAUCAACUCAACUCAGUUCAGUUCAGUCCACUCCAAUCAGCACUCCAGUCGCAUCGCAUAGUACCGCAUCGCAUAGCAUCGCAUCGCAUCGCAUCGUAUCACCACCCCAGACUCUCUGACCGCAAAAGUGAAAGUGAAAGUGAAUGUGAGGGAUUGUAGGGAAACUAAACAACAACAGAACAGCAAAACAGCAAAACAAUCGAACAAUCGAGUGUGGAGGGGCAUUCAGAGAUUUGGAGCAUUUCAGGCCAAGACUUUGUGUUGCAAAUCAGUGUUUUUGUGUUCGCGCUUCGUCCUAAGUUGCCAUCCCUCAUGAACUUUAACCAACUCAAUCAACAAGCUGCACAACUAAGGUUGCAAAUGUCCACCGUAUAAUAUAUAUAAUAGUAAUCAUCCGUAUCAAAGUUAUUUAAUUCCAAUUUGUCAAGUAUCCGUCGGCGAUAACAUUUUUUUUUUAGUUUUUUUUUUUACAAUUUUUUUUAACGUUUACAAGAGAUAAAUAAGGAAAAACAAAGAAAAAAAUAUAUUUAGUGUGCUUAUGUGAACGAAACAUUUGGUGAAGGCCAAAGAAAGUCGAAUCGUUGGAGAGGCAAACAGAACCUGAAACCGAGCGAACGUCGACUGAAUCUAAGUAAAAUACCAAAGCGAGCAAUACCGAUUACUUUGGCAUUACGUACUUAGAGUCGAAUCGACAGCGCACUCAGGACUGCAGGACUGCAGGACUGCAGGACCUCUGGACUUCUGGACCCGGAGGACUGGACACCUCGGACCACUGGAGUGGUCGGCCGAUUGCUUAAGGAAAAAUGCCGCUGGCAUUGCAGGAGUUGCAGCUCGCGUCCGCUGCCACGCCCCCGCCCCACUAGAGGUUGAGCCCAUUCCAUUGGAGGCGGGGCAGCAGCAGGGGCAGCAGCGGCAGCAUCAUGGCCGCCCAGCCAUUGAGCACCAGCAGCGGCACCAGCACAGCGGCAGCAUCUGCAUCAGCGGCAGCAGCAUCGGCGGGAGCAGCGACAUCCGCCUCCACAUCGACGGCAGCCACUGCCACAGCCACAGCCACAGCCACAGCUUCCGCCACAGCUACCGCCACAGCCACAUCCACAUCCACAUCGACGGCAGCCGCAUCCACGGGAGCCACAUGGAUGCCCCACCCAGUGGAUGGCUCCCAUCCGGCGAACGGCAGCGUUGAGGGCCCCACAAUGCCCGCCGGCUACUUGCCGCUCUACGAGGCGGAUGUGGAGGCGGCGGCGGCGGCGGCGGAGGCGGAGGCGGAGGACGCCGGCUACGCGCUGAUCGACGACAUCAGCGAGUGGCUGUUGGGCUCGGUGGGCGGAGGAGGAGGUGGUCCUGGUGGGGGGGCGGAGAACAGCACGAUUAUGGCCGCCAACGAGACGCUGGGCUGGCUGGAAGUGCUGAACAGCACGCUGCCGACCAGCAGGAGCAACGCCAGCAGUGCGGAGGAGCCGCUCCAGGAGGCGGACGGCGAUGACGAGGGGGAGCUGCGGGGGCGCUAUGCACUGCGCAGCUUUGUGGAACAGCAGCUGGGGGGCGGGGGCGGCGGGCGCGGGGGCGGCUGGUGA